CUUCAGUCUGAUCAGAUCAGAGUCACGCAGCGCUGCUGUCUGUGGGUUGGUCCGCGUCUGUUUUCUGUGAAAGAGCGGAAUCACGCGUGUUUCAGCGCAGGUUUACAGGCUGCUGGUCUCCUGUGCCACACACUAUGUGACCAAACACCUUCGUCUGUUCUCAGCUUGUUCCGGCCGGCAGUAGAGUCGAUCAGACGGGAGCUCGAGGUCUGUGUUAAAAUGUCUGCGUGUGGAGAGUUUGCAGAGCACGUGUGGAAACCAGGCUCCUGUAAGAACUGCUUCCAUCCGCGCAGCGCUCACGGACAGACCGGCACGGCGGGAGGCGCUGGUGUCCGAACGAGUCUGAUCGGGGAAGACGAGGGUGGGGUAACGUCUCCCUCUCCGUAUAUUAAACCCACCAUCGCUGUCAGACCCACCAUGAUGAACAUGGACGUCACAGUGGAGGUCAAGACGGAAAUGAAUACAGAACAGAACAACCAGAAGACCUCUGUAGGACUGAAGAAAGCUCUGGAUUUGGCUCCUCUGUACAUCGAUAGCAAUGGAUGUAAUAAAUCUCUCAGAGAAACCAUAAUACAAAACGGCAUCUCUGUAAAGAAGUUCUCCCCAAACGUUUGUUCUCCCACUGGAUUAUCCAAAGACUGCAUGAUUAUCAGCAAUAUAUUUAUGAGUCAAGAAGAUGGCUGUGUUCAACACAGUCUAAAAGAGAUUGGGAACAGUGACUCCUAUAGACAGAUGACCAAAGCGGUCAAGAGCACUUACGCCAAUGGAGAUCUAUGUCUUCACAACAGGACUGGAAACAGUGAUGGAGUUACAAGUCCUCUAAGGGCAUCCGUAGAGGAAAGGCAAGCCAGAACCACACCAGGGAAUAUGGUUAACGGAUCGUCCAAUGAGACGCCAGGUACUUCACCGUCUCCGAUUACUCCAGACUCCUUCCACGAAAGCCUAUCAGCCUUGUGCUCCAAUCGGAGCAACGUGGAUUCAUUAGUGGGACUCCGGAGUCCUCAGAAGUCUCCAAGCGUUCCACCAAACGGGCUUGAGGAAAGUGAGCCGAUCUAUGCUGAGAGCACCAAGAGGAAAAGACAACUCGAUGCUCAAUGCGACGGGAAGGCUCCGCAAUCCUCCGAGUCUGAAACCGAAGUCAACGUAAGCGACAAUCAAAGAGCGACUAUUACUGUCGUCGCCGCCCAUACUGAGGAAAACAACCGGACGUUUUACCUGAGCAGCCCGGAUUCGGCCGUAAGCACACAAUGGACCCACUUCAGCCCAACCGCGCCCAAAGACCCAUCAUGCCCGGCGUUCACUUGGCCAAAUGCUCCUGAUGUCACUGAAACAACCCAACCCAAGCCUCGAUCCAGUCCCCCAGUUCCUCCUAAGAUCAGCACCCGUCCACCAAGACUUGGUACCUCCAGUCUCUCCUUACCGUUACCCGAGCUCAGCUUUCACGUGGUUCUUCCUCCAAAUCAGAUGACCUCGCAAGUGGACACCAAUGCUCAAGCCGUCCGAAACAAGUCCAACAGCGCCACGAGUCUGGAGGGAUGUAUUGACGAGGUGGAAGACGAGGUUGAGUCCAAGAGAUUGGGCUCUUAUGGUGGGCUAGGCGACUCCAUCAAUGCUCCUGCUGUUCCGUCCAGAGAAUGGAUGAGUGAGAGCAGUGCAGUGCCAGGCACUGCCAUCAAAAGCACCAGUCAAAUACCGGCAGAGGAUGGUAGAGCCAAAGAGAGCUUGCUCUUGAGCCCGUCUCCUCUCAUCCACUCCAGUGAACCCAACACCGAUCCCACACCACCUCCGCCGCCUCCCAAAAAACACCACCGGGUGUGUAAGCGUCUGAGUGGCAGUAAUAUGGAUCUGGAGCGCGUCGGUCAGCAGGGGUCAGUGGAGAAUCUCAGCCAAUCACUGCGAGGACUGAACUGCUGCACCAGUGCAUCCAGCGACAGCCUGCAGGCGCUCUCCGACACCGGUGAGCUACACACGGACACUGCUUAUUUCGGUGAUGAGAAGGGAACAUCAGACGCCGCUCUUCCUCCUGAUCUUCAGGCUCACAGCUGUGAUAGGCUGUCGUACUGGCGUUUUCUGAUGGUUUCCCUCAUGAAGUCACUGAUCUUCAUCUGCAGGCCUAUAUUAACGCGUCACAAACCACUGAGAGACUCCAUCACAGGAUCUGAUGAUCUUUGA